UCGAUAGUGGGACUCCUCUCUUUGAAGUGUGUUUUUUUGUUGUUGUUUUUUUCAAAGAACCAGUUUUACAGCAAACAUCACAGAGGAGGACAAGGCUGUUUCGCCAAUGAGGUUUAACAGGUGACAUCUUGCUGGUUUAAAGACAUAAGACCUGAGCCAUGGGGAAGAGGUACUACUGUGACUACUGUGACCGGUCCUUUCAGGACAACAUGCACAACAGGAAGAAACAUCUGAAUGGUGUUCAGCAUCACCGAGCUAAAAAGGCCUGGUUUGACCAUUUUAGAGACUCUGCAGCUAUUCUGUAUGAUGAGCAAGCAAAGAAACCCUGCAGGAAGUUUCUCCUAAAAGGGAUUUGUGAUUUUGGCCCUAACUGCAGGUUUUCUCACAUGUCUGAGGAGGAUCUGUCAGACUUAAAAAAACAGGUGGAAGAUGAAAGGCAGCACAGAGAGGACUCUCAGGACAGAAUUAUGCCUGGGCGAAGUAUAGAAGACUGGCUCUCGAGAAGGGAAAAGAAGCGGACCGCCCUCAGCAGCAAAGGAGAUCUAAAAAAUAAGGAAGACUGUGAAGAAGGCCAAACAGAAAGUGACAUACCUCAGCAGCUCCUCUCCUUCCCUGACCUUCCACCCUCACUUCUACCUCCUCCUCCAGACGGAUGGAAAGUCAAAGUGAACACAGAAUGGGGUUGAAAGAUAUUCACUUUGCAGUUCAGAUCACUGUUAAGUAGAUAUGUGACAUUAAUAGGGGGAGGGAUGGUGCAGAAUAAAAUUGUUAUUAAGAUAUGGUUUCCAUAAUGUCAUGUUCAUACUUGAAGUAGAACUAGAUUAGACAGUUUUUUGGUUAAUACUAAAAAAGAUUGUCAUUUCUUAUUUUAAGAAUGGGAAUAAAAUCCUGUCUUCUGCAUAUUAGCAGAUUUAUUUUGUAUACUGUACAGUACAUGCCAUGUAUAGAACAACUAUUCAUUAAAAUGGAAAUUAUUUUA